ACAGUCCGGGUGGUUUAGGGUUCAGUGUGUGUGUGGGAUUAUCUCUGCAGGUAUUUAAACGCUUCCUCAGACUGAGGGAAGUCGCAUCAUGCAGCAGAUCUACACACACCGAGAUGAGCAGCUUGAGGUUUUUACCACCGUCUUCUCUCCACAGGUUUGCAGGACAAGAGUGAGACAUGCGGAGGCAGAGAAGGUGGUGGUGGUCACCAACCAGUACCGGUCCCGCUGGCCCAAAGAGCUGGACCUGGAACAGGGAGAUCUGAUCCAGGUUCUGUUUAAAGACGACGAGUCCUGGUGGUUCGGGCGGCUCGCGAAUGGAGAUGAGGGUUACUUUCCAUCAUCCUGCGUAGAGCUGCUGCAGGACAGCGAGUUGUCCAGAGCCACGCCCACACAGUUGAGGAGGGGCUCUGUACCUGCAAUGGUUCGGACACGAGGCGCCCCCUGUGGCUGCACCAGCGGUCGCAGCACUCCCAAACUACUGAGGAAAAACAGCGUCCAGCAACCCUCAGAAUCCAGGGUGUCUGGAGCAUCAACAGCUCCUCUGCGCUCCUCCAGCUUCUUCUGCAGAGUCCUGGCAAAGUCCAGGAGGAAGAGCUGCCCCCUCCUGCCCAGGGCCCACCUGGACACGAGCUCCGACAACACCGCCUUCCAACCAGAUUAGAUUACCCUAAUCACAAGCAGAGUCCCAGAAAAAUGAUCAAGUUUUAGUUUUUCUGUAAAUAUAAUCAGGCUUCUGUAGCAACAUCAAAACCUGAAGACAUAAGAAGAUAUGAUGAACCCCUCAUAGGCCCAGGGCACAGGAUCUUCAUUGGAUCCCGGGUCCCUGAAUUGGAUCUCGGGUGACCCGACACUAUGUUGACAUCAAGUCUCUAAUCCGUGAUCUCCCCAAAAAUCCAAGUUCUGGUGGACUCUAACUCUAAUUUAGUGUUCAAGAUCCAAGUUAACUGGUCCAAGUCCACAAGAAGUCAUGAAACAAGUACCUGAGGAAAUACCCAGUCUCAGGUCCUUGUCAGCUUCAGGUCUGAGUCUGAGUGCAGCCUGAACUGAGCCGAGUCCACCAGUGGUUCCUCAGGGACGUUGUGUCUGGCUGUGCUGCGGAGAACCCUCCUGCCCACAGCUAGAACCGUCUGUGCUGAUUCUGAAGAAAGUAAGACAUUGACAGUUAUGCAUUGUAAAAUAUUAGGAUGAGUGGAAUUCCUGCUGCUGAUCAGAACCUGUUAGAUCUGUCUGUGGUUGAAAUCAGACCUUGGUUCUGUUAAAGAGACAAACACAAGAAGACAUUCUGAGUGUUUCCAUCUGGGCCCUUUAUUUUCACAAUCAAUCAUCAGAGUCACGGUCAGGUCCAAUAAAAACUCCCCUAAAGGUAAAAUCAGGCUUAGAGUUCAGACGGGUUUGGACUUUCACACAGAACUUCAUGUGGACUGCGUCAUGUACUAAACAUUCAAAUAAAAACAUUACAAUAUGAACUGAUCAAAUCUAAUGCAAGGUUCUGGUUUCAUCAGUUCUGAUGCAAAGUGCAAAGGUUCCACAUAAAGUGCCGUCAAAAAUAAAGAAAUUUCC